CUUGCAAAUGAAGUUUGUGCGUCACUUCCUUAUUGUAUUUCACAAAAUUUCAGCGCGGUAUGAUUUCUUUUCAUGUGGAAAGGAAAGGCUAGAACCAGCCCGUGUAUAUUUCGUAAAGUUCUGUUGUAGCUGAAGUAAUUAUAUCUGCUGUUAAUUUCAAAAUGAGUGAAGACCCUGACUCUCCUCCCGAAAGGGAAAUGAAGGAUUUUCAGUUCCGGCAAAUGAAGAAAACCCGUGUCUUUGAUUCACCUGAUGAGCUGCCGAAGGAUAGAUCAAGUCUGCUCGCCAUCUCCAACAAAUUUGGACUGACAUUUGUCGGACUAGACAGAAAGAUCAAGGUGUACCUCACGGGGGACAUCCUAGCUUCAGACAAAGUUGAUGGAAACUCCAAUGAAAUAGUUGAGGGGAUAGCAGCCUUAGCUGAUGUUCAUGUGGAGUUGCCUGUGCACAACCUGGGACUCAGCAGUGAUGAGCUCACCCUGUCAGCCAGUGGCAUGUCAGAAGCAUCAGGCCUGUCACUGGCCUUCUACGACGUCCGCACCUUCAUCAACAAGGCCCGACCGCAGAAGUUGCCAUUUGCGACUCUGCAACCGAGAGCCGGCCUGGGCAUUAUUGUGCAGGACCUCAAAUGGAACCCGGUGCAGGUUUCCAUGCUGGCCACCUGUCUGUCUGACGGCAGCAUGAUGGUGCUGGAGGUCACAGACAGCGUCACAGUGCAGGCCCAGCUACCUGCCACAGAGGGCAUCACCUGUGUAUGCUGGAGUCCCAAAGGAAAGCAAGUAGCCGCAGGAAAAAUGAAUGCAACAGUCAGUCAGUAUACUCCAGGGCUUCAGGAGAAGAAAGUGAUCCCCUGCCCAAGCUUCUACAGCUCUGACAACCCUGUCAAAGUGCUGGAUGUGCAGUGGCUGAGUACGUUUGUGUUUGCUGUGGCAUAUGCAGCAGCCGACGGCUGUCCGGAAACACCUCCUGAACUGGUGGUGAUCUCCCUCCCUACAAAGACAGAGAAGAGGGAGGAGAGGUACCUGAACUUCAACGACCCAGUGUACGGCACCUGCACUGAGAGACAGCAUCACUACUUCCUCAGCCACAUAGAGGACUGGGAUGUUGUUCUUGCCGCAUCAGCAGCCUCCAUUGAAGUCAGUGUCAUCGCCAAGCAAGAAGAUAAGACCAACUGGGAGCUGUGGUUGCUGGAGGACGCCAGCAGGGGAGAGCUGCCUGUCUCUCAGAAUAACGACGACACGCUGCCUCUGGGGCUGGCCAUCGACUACACCAGCCAGCAGGAGAUCCACAUCACCGAUGAGAAGACUUUGCCCCCGGCGCCCACUCUGCUGCUGCUGUCUACAGAUGGAGUUCUGUGCCCCUUUUCACUGCUCAACUUCAACCCUGGGGUCAAGCAACUGGUCGCUGCCCCCACCAGCCUGGCCCUGGACGGAGAGAGACUGCCCCCUGCAGGAUCUGCAGCUCCCCUCCCCCCUUACCCAACCUCCUCUCUCCCAUCAGCCCCGGCGGCAUUCCCUCCGCUCCGCCUUCCCUUGGCCACCACACCAAACCCUCCUCCCCCUGCCUCCUCCCCUGCCUCUGUUUCACUGUUCACCGCAGCCCCAGCUCCAGCCUCCUCAUCCGGCUUCUCGUUCUCCAUGCCCCCCUCCUCUUCCACUGCUCCCCCCGCCUUCUUUCUGGGGGGCUCUACUGCCUUCAGUGCGAGCCCAGCCUUGGCCACCUCUGGUAGCUUCUCCUUCUCCUCCAAGCCCCUGACAGAGACCCCAGCCGCAGCUUCGGCCUUCUCCGUCAGUGCCCCCAAACUUCCAGUGAUGGAAAUGGCUCCAGUUCCGGCCCCCACUCCAAAGCCCACCCCCCAGCGCCUGGCCACCGCCUCCCCCAUCACGGUGCUCCGAGGCACCCCCGAGCCAACCACUCCCGCUGUGAAGAUGAACCUCAAUGACAGAUUCCUGGCAGUAGAAACCCCCGCUGCAGCUCCAGCCUCCCAGCCCUUCUCCUUCAACUCCACACCCAAAGCUGCCUUCUCUGAGCCUAGCAGCCAUCCCGCUCCUCUGCCCAUAGUCACCAAGUCUGCAGCCAUGCCAGGCCCAGUCCAAACCAGUACACCCCCCACGGUUGUACAGAAAUCUGCCCCAGCCACCCAGACAAGUACACCCACUCCACAGGCUGCGCUGAGUGUGAAUGCCCUGGAAAAGCAGCUGCAGCCGAGGAAGGACUCAGACCCAGUCAUGGCUGGAAUACUGGAGGAGAUCGCCCACUUCCAGAAGGAGUUAGAUGACCUGAAGGCACGCAGCCACAAGGCAGACUUCAGAGUGGGCACCACAGAGGAGAUGAAGGAGCUGAGGAAGGAGUCUGAGGACCUCCACAUCUUCACCCUGGAGAUCAAAGACACCACUGAGUCUCUCCACGGGGACAUCAGCACUCUGAAGACCACCAUGCUGGAGGGCUUUGCCGGGGCGGAGGACGCAAAGGCCCAGAGUGAGCUCAACAGACACCGGGGCUACCUGCAGCUGCUGUACAAGAAACCACUGGACCCACGCAGUGAAGACCAACUCAAGGAGAUUCGCAGGCUGUACCAGUAUGUAAAGUUUGCUGUGGAGGAUGUGAACGACGUGUUGGACCUGGAGUGGGAGAAACAUCUGGAGAAUAAGAAGAAACAGAAACACAUGAUUGUCCCAGAGAGGGAGGCUCUAUUCACAGCCUUGGCCAACAACCUGGACAUCAUCAACCAGCAGAAGCAGAGGCUGGACACACUGGUCAAAGACCUCCAUGCCCUGCGGCUCUACAACAAGACUGCAGCCUGGAGCACUCCUGCCCCCAGCCAGCCUGCUGCUACCACCCCCACCGAACAGAGUUUGGACAACGAGCUGGAGAGUUUGAGGGAUGCACUCCUGAAAGCCAGUCUGGAGACCAUUCCCAAGACCACUUCGAAAUCUCCAGCCAAAAUGUCUCCGAUGAAGCAGUCUCAGCUGCGUAACUUUCUCUCCAAGAGGCAGACACCACCAGUCCGCUCCACCGCUCCAGCCAACCUGUCCCGCUCGGCCUUCCUCUCUCCCAAAUACUACGCGGACCUGGACGAUGUGAGCUCCACCUCCUCCCUGUCUCAGGCCCUGGACCCAGACUACUCCCAUUAUUUUGCGGAGGAAGAACCAGAGCCUGAGCCUGCCCCCCUCCCCAUGCUCCCCCUCUCUAUGCCCCGCCACCCCACGGUGGUACGCACCCCCUCCAUAGCCCCGGGGUUUGGGGCCAUCCAGUCCACUCCCUUCAGUAAGGUGCGCCAAGGACUGGGCCUCAGCCCCAUCAUGAGCCCAGUUCCAACCAAUAAGAUCAACAUGGGAGGUGCCGACAGCACGGCACUAGCCACUAAGACGGUGAAGCACGGAGCCCCGCCUACUGAGAAGGCCACACCCGUCCCCCUUCCUGCCCAACAGGCUGCUGCUAAAGCCGCUUUCCUCAGACAAAUGGCCAAUCAGAAACCAGCAGUCAGUGGCUCUCUGACAGAGUCCACCCUGAAGACUGUUCCCCAGGUGGUCAACGUACAGGAGCUCAAUGACAAAGGACCGCCACCGCCUAUCUCCACUGUGAUCAGCUCCUCAGUCCCAGCCCCGGUCGGUCAGGUUGUUCAGCAAGUUUUGGCUACAGUGGCCAACACCAACCAGGCCAAACGAAAUUCUACUCAAGGCAUACUGAAGGUGUCCGCUGAGAGUGUCUGCUCAGCUUCCCCCCAGGGUUUUGUGUUUGGCGGACCCCCUAAAGCUGACGCCCCAGUCUCCCUGCCCCCCUCCAGCUCAGCCCCAUCACUGGGGGAGCAGAGCAGCAAAGCCUUCUCCUUCACCGCAGCGUCUGCCGGGGGCUUCAGUUUCUCCUCUGUGUCCCAAGGAGCUCCACCAGUAAAGGACGUGAGUAAAUUCUCCUUCAGCAGCGCUGGCGGCGGCACAGGAAAGAUGAUGUUCGGCUCCUCUGCCGGGGAGGAACCCUUCUCCUUCACCCCCAAAUCCACCUCCCCCGCCCUGGGGGCCAACGGCUCCCCCACCCCUCUUUCCAGCAUGUCAGGCGAGCCUGUGAGGCCCACCUCCAUCACCCCCACCCUCAGAGUGGAGCCCCAGGCCCCCAAGGUGGUAGGAGGAGAGACCCUGGGGAGUUUCUCAGGUCUACGUGUGGGCCAAGGGGACGAAGAGAAGCCCUCAGCGGCCACGUUUAGCUUUGGGCAGCCGGACAACGGAGGGGCGCUAGGGUUAGGCACGGGGGCAGCCCAGUUUAGUUUUGGGUCGGCCCUCCAGCAAGGGAAGCUAGCCGAGGCUGCAUUUGGUGAGGCGGAUUCUACCUUGACAGACUUAUCCAAGGCUGCAUUUAAGCCUCCCGAACCAGCCGCCCUGUCUGUCACUAAGCCUGUGUUCUCCACGUCAGCAGCCACCUCCUUCAGCAGCCUCCUAGCGGCACCCCUCUCUUCCCCCUCAACCACCCUGGAGAAGGAGCACCCCAAAACCCCCACCCCCCCGGCAGACCCCACUCCACCCCUAGAGCCUGCUUCCUCACAGCCCAGCCCCUCCGUCAGCCCCCCUAUCGCUGAGCCUGAGGUUACUACCUCGCCAGAGUCCUCAGUCACCCCCACCCCUACCAUCCCUGAAAAAGCCCCAACGCCCCCAGCUCCCCCCACCGCCUCGACCACCUCUUUCCCCCCUGCCUCCAUCACCCCACCAGCCCAGGCAGCCCCAAACACCAGCCCAGAGCCUGUCAAUGAGUCCACGCCUGCCCCUGAGGCCUCACCACCCGCAAUCACCCCCACCCCGGUGGCCCCACCACUAGCCUACCCGGCCCCCAGCUCGGACAAACCUGUCUCCAUCUUCACCCAGCCACCGGCCGUCAUCGCAGUUAGCACAACUAUAGCCGUCACCAGUCUCACCCCGGUCAUCAACACUGCAGCCCCCGCCUCCACCACCCCUACCAACUCCAACUCCGUAUUUGGGCAGCCCGCUCCAGCCUCAGCGGCUGCCGGCGGCUUUGGUUCCACCGGCUUCGGUGCUCCCCCUGCUACAGGCGCAGCAGCUGGCUUCGGGAAGCCCGUAUUCGGACAGACAGUAGGCGGGUUUGGCCAGCCUGCUGCUAAUGUAGCCGGUGGCUUUGGUUUUGGCCAGUCUGCAUUUGGGGCCAACCCCGGAUUUGGACAGCCCGCAGCGGCCUCCCCUGCUGCAGUUGCCAGUACCGCUGCUAGUGGAGGUGGUUUGUUUGGAGCCCUCAGUGUCAGCAAUGCAAGCGGCUUUUCCUUUGGCACCCCCAGCGCCAGUACGGCCAGCAGUACAGGCACAGGCCUGUUCGGGCAGCCGAGCGCCACCCCGGCCUUCGGGCAGCAGAGUGCCGGGUUUGGACAAGGCUCUGUGUUUGGAAGCAACACCACCACUACAUCCUCCACUGGUUUCAGCUUUGGACAGGCUGCAGCUUUCGGAAGCUCCUCCACUACCUCAGUGUUUGGUCAACAGCCCAGUGGUGGGAGUGUCUUUGGACAGCAACCAUCCAGUGGUGGGGGUCUGUUUGGUUCUAGCUCUGCCACGGUAGCAGGCUCCCAGCAGGCAGGGGGAGGCUUCUUCAGUGGCCUGGGGGGGAAACCCAGUGAGGACGCCGCCAACAAGAACCCCUUCGGCACGACCGCCGCCUCCGGGGGCUUCAGUCAGCCCAACCAGACAGGAGGACCCACCCUGUUUGGGAACAGCGGGGCCAAAACCUUUGGCUUUGGCUCUCCAGCAUCAACAUUCGGAGGGGGGGAGCAGACGGCCAGUGGGACCUUUAGCACGGGAGGCGGGAGCGUGGCUGCUCAGGGGUUCGGCUCCUUCUCCACCCCUGCCAAACAGACAGGUGGUUUUGGGAGCGCCCCUGUGUUCGGUAGCCCCCCUGCUUUUGGGGGCUCCCCGGCUUUUGGGGGGGCAGCAGCGUUUGGCUCGGCACCCUCUUUUAGCAGUCCCAUGGGCUCCUCAGCCAGCAAAGUGUUUGGAGAGGGAACGGCAGCCGCCAACGUGGGAGGAUUCGGCUUUGCCUCCACUCAACAAAGUACACCGUCGUUUGGUGCACUGGCCAACCAGAGUGCCCCAUCGUUUGGUAACCUGGCCCAGCAGCAGCAGGGGUCAGGGUUCGGAGCUCCUCAGCCCAGCGGCUUCUCUGCGUUCGGACAGCAGGGAGGAGGCUUUGGGUCUGCUGGUGGCUUUGGGUCCAAUCAAUCUUCUCAAAUGUUUGGAGCCAGUUCGGGUUGGAGAAGCUAGUUUUUGUAGACCCCCCCCCCCAUUGACAAGUGCACCCAUGCUGUGUGUGGCCAGUCAACACUGCUCUCUGCAAUCAAGCUCUCUGAGUAGACGUCUCUUAAAGGGUGGAGGGAGAGGGUGGGGUGUAGGUGGAGGUGGGGGUGGGGUGGUUGAGAUGACAGUCCAAAACUAGUUCUAUAGUAUGGAACUGACCUUACAGACCAUCGCAAUAAACUUACGUCAAGUACAUCAGUGGCCAACUAAAAUGUGGAAUGUGUAGUUGGAUUAAUUAAUUGACAUUUUGUGUAUCAAUUUUUUUAAAUCAGGACAGUAAUUAUUUAUUACUUAAGUUUAUCAUCCACUAGGAAACAUCUCUAAGGGCACCUAAUGUAAAAAUAAAUAAAUAAAAAGGUUUUGGUCAUAUUUCAAUAAUAAACAUAUCAUGAACUUCCUUUGAAUAACACCUGUAUUCAUAUGACAUAGAAUACUGUUUGUAUAAAUCUGUUAUCCACUGUGGACUGUAACUCUAGUGUAGAUUUAUGCUCAUCCAUCUGAACUUUGCUUUGCUCUAUAAAAUAGUAAUGUAGCCUUGUUGUUUGCACUUACUUUGAAUCAGGGAAAAGUUCUAAGCUUUCAUUUGAAGUUUUAAGAUAUCACAUUUUCCAAGCUUUAGCAAUUAUAAGAAUCAUGUCCUCUGUUUCUCAAAACUCGUGUAUUUUCUUAUUAAAGAAAGUUUAAAAAAAUACUGUAAUCAGUAACUGACUCUAGGCAAGACUUGGACAGGUCGUUGAUAAAAGUAUCCUCUCUUGAUUGCAUACAAUGAACUGAAAUAUUAGGAAAAAAUGUAUUCUGCUUUUUAUAAUCCAUACUGCUGGAACCCCCUAUUCCUAUAAAUGUGUAUAUUUUAUACAUGGAAAAUGGGAAAUAAACUUGGCAAUUCUAAAAUCUGUA